GUGUAGAAAUUUUUCAUUCAUAGGUAUCAAAUAUUCUUCAAUGACCAUAGGAGUAAUGAUGAAUCAUACGUCGUCAGCCUACUUUUUUAAUGAUGAUCUUUAUCGCAAUUUCCACUCUAUAAAAAUUUAGUCCUUACCCCUUUGUUAUUUGGUUAAACAAAAUUAAGGAUGCACAAUCUCAUUUAUCAUCUCAUCCCUUGUCAGUCUUUGGCUGAGUUAAUGGAAACAAAGAUCAUGAUACAUGUUGUAAACCAAUUUUUUCAGGUAUCGCUUAUAGGCCCAUCAAAGAAGCUUUGCAUUAAGUGCGAUAGGGCUUGUUUUUUUACUUCAUAAAUAUCUCAAUAAUUUGCUCUUCUCCAACCCAUUUUCUUUCUUUUUAUGUCCUUACUCCAAAGAAAAGUGAGACCCUUCUCGUUGUUUCCGUAGGGGGCUAUACCAUAUAGCACGUGAGAGAGACGCUAAAACGAAAAAAGAACGCUUGGUUCCUCAUUUGGAUCUUGCAAAUAUAUAUAUUCUUUAAACGAUAAAAUGAGCCCAUCAACUUGUCAAACGUCUCGCCACAUUUUUUCAUCAUUUUUUUUAGUCCGACACCCUCACUCGCUUCUCCUGGGGCCGCGUUUAGGAGUUUUUUACACCUCACAAAGAAGCUAUUACUGGCCGUAUAGUGCGGAUUUAGUACCCAAAGAUGCCAACACCUCCUCUUUUCAUUCAAGCUCGCUGCCGAGCGUGCGGGAGAGGGUGAUAGAAGAGUACGCCUUAGGUCCUCUUUUCGGAGCUUCUACACCGCUUUGCACGUUAGGAUUUGCUAAAUCGGCGCGGGAUGUGAUCGAGGUCAAACGCGAGCUGCGAGAUCGACUUGCGGAGCUUCUUUCUUUUGAAGCUCAUCAACUUCGUUUAGGAUCUCUGAUCCAGACAAAGGAGAUGCUUUUAUAUCGUGCUGAUACGCCGGAAUCUCCACCCCUGGCGGAUGGCACCGGCAGCGGCUUUGACGAAGCGCAUCGCCGUCGUACGAGGUACGCACGGCUUCCUAUUCAAGCUCGAACUUUGCUUGAUGUUUAUCUUUUGGAUGAAGAGGCUGACGAGGAGGAACGCCGGCAGCUUGGGAGCUUUGUUCAGGAGUCCCUUCUUUUAUCCUUGACACGAGAUAUUUUGCGAGGUGGUUAUGAGAGGAAUGCAUUAUCAAAUAAAGAGGAGCUUACGUUAUUAAAAAACGUUCGAAUCGCGAGUGAUGAGUCUUCCAAUGAAAUUGAUAGCGUUAUAGUUAGACUUAUAGCUCUUGGGGUUGUCUAUUGCAAGCUCCCUUAUGAGGGGCAGGAGGAUGCAAAAGACUAUACAUUUGACGAGCUGCACGGAAAGGCAGUAGGGGAAAAUAAGAUCAAACAGGUAAUGGAAAGAUGGGAACGGCGAUUAGCAUAG